GAUCAGACCUCCAGACCUGCAGCCUCUGCUCCGGCAAUCACCGAGCAGCGACCGCGCCUGUGAGGCACCGACGGACGGCUGCAGGAGAAGGACCACAACCAUCUCAAAGAAAAGGUGUGAUUAAAGGUCUCAGCAGCUACAGUGACAUGGACAGCAGGAGUCAUUACACACCCUGCAGAGCUAACACAGGAGCCAUACCUGACCUGUCGAGCAGACAAUGACUCAGAGAAAUGGAAUCAGAGGGACGAGUGAUCACUGCCACCAAUCGGAGGCCUCCGUGGUCCGUGAGCACGCCAACGGCACGGAGCAUGAGAAAGUCCAAGAGGCCAUCGAUUGUGAGUCUGAAGAAGGGGGGCAUGGAGAAGAAAACAGAAACUCUGUAGCUGUAACAGGAGCAGUCACAGCUCCUGAUGGGGGCUGGGGCUGGGUGGUGCUGGUUGCCACAAUCAUAGUCCUGGCUUUGACCCUGGCCUUCCCCUCCUGUGUGGGAAUCUUCUACACCGACUUACAGAAUGAAUUCGAUGCCUCCAACAGUGAAACCUCCUGGGUGCCCUCCAUCAUGACAUCAGCGCUUCAUGCUGGAGGUCCCUUUUGCAGCGUGUUGGUGGAGAAACUUGGUUGCCGGGCGACGGUCAUGUUGGGUGGAGUCCUGAGUGGGCUUGGAAUGGCUGCCAGCUCAUUUACCCGGUCCAUCUCCGAGCUCUACGUCACCGCGGGGGUUAUUACAGGACUCGGUUUCUGCUUCAGCUUCCAGCCGGCUGUGACAAUCCUCGGGCACUACUUUGUGCGUCGCCGUGUGUUUGCCAACGCCAUGUCGUCCACCGGCACGGCGCUGGGUCUGUGCACUCUCCCUUUCCUGGGUAACUACCUCCACACAGAGCUGGGCUGGAGGGGAAGCUUUCUCGUUCUGGGGGCCGUCCUGCUUAACUGCUGCGUGUGUGGAGCAGUGAUGAGGCCCCUCCAGGCCCCCAAGCGUCGAGGCCAACCCUUGAUGAACCAUGGACCCCCACCGUCAGAGGUGGAGAAUGUGAGGAAGGAGAAAGGAAGGAUGAGGACGAUACGGAGCUGCCUGAUGGCUUACCUCAGCAGACACAUGGCCUUUGAUCAGCUCCGCAACAACUCCCGUUACCGUGCAUAUUCUAUAGGCAUCACGUGGAUGAUGCUCGGGUUUGUGGUGCCCCUCGUGUAUCUGGUUCCUUAUGCCACAGCCAACAAAAUGGAGCAGGGUCGGGCCGCGUUGCUGCUCUCCAUCCUGGGCAUCGUUAACAUCGUGGUGCGUCCUCCGUUCGGGGUCAUGUUCAACAUGCCCUGGUUCAAAGGGCGACACAUCUAUGUAUUUGCCUCAGCUUUGCUGGUCAACGGGCUCAGUAACAGUAUCUGCUGCAUCGGGCCCAGUUUCACUGUACUUCUGAUUUAUGUGACCGUCUACGGGCUGUCCAUGAGUGUGGUGGGCUCCCUAAUGUUCACCGUCCUCAUGGAGACAGUGGAGAUGAGCCGUUUCCCCUCAGCUCUGGGUCUGCUCGCUAUAAUGGAGAGCGUCACACUGCUCAUUGGGCCUCCACUGGCAGGAGUCCUGAUUGACAGAACAGGCCAGUACUUCCAUGUCUUCUUUGCCUGCAGUGCCGUUGUUGCCUCAUCUGCCGUGUUUCUCAUGGUAUCAUUUUUCUGGCUGGACAAAAAGGACAGGGAGUCGUCAAAGCAAGGUCAACCCUCCACGCUGCCCGACCCAGCGAGACCUGCUGUCGACGUCGCACCUGGCUGCCAGUACAGCAGUGUGCCCACAGAGGGAGACAAAGACAAGGCCUCGGCUAACGGGGAAGAGUAUAUCAGCAGCGUCUGAACCUGCUUACACUGUGUGUCACCCCCUUAACACACAUCACACUCUGGGUCAGACAGCUUGGCAAAUAAUUCCUAAUGUUUGCACCAGCUCGCUCCAAUGUGCCAGAUGUUCAAAAUUGACUCUUGUGUGGUUGACAGCACACCUGAUAUGAUCUAAGCUGUCCCCAUGUGUUGAAAAGUUGCCAUCUGGUACGCCAUAAAAGGCAAAACAAAUACUAUGAAUAAUUUGCUCUGUUUGACCCAGUUGAAACACUUGAUCCUAUAUACCAAAAUGAACAGAUAUGUGCACUUACAACUACAACGUGAAUGUACUGUUUAUCGUAAUAUGCUGCUGAUCUUAUCUAUGUGAUCACACAAUCUUAUCAUACAGGAGGUAUCUCACUCUAUAUAAACCAAACUGCAAACAUGAUCCUCUUUUAAAGAAAUCUCACAAAUUCCUUUCUAGAUGUUUGCUGAAGUGUUGGGUUUGUUUUUUUGUUUUUUUGACAGUUUAUCAGUAUACAGUGAACUUACAGAAGGGGAAAAGCUACACCCAGAACAAUGUCAGCCACUCAUUUAUUCAGCAGUGGUUGUGCUGAAAUAACGAGCACAUUGAGCGUUAAUAUCAGCGGGUGCAAUCAAAGUGAUGACAGUCAGAGUAAGAAUUCGCUCCCAGAUUAUCAAGAGUUAAAUGUUAAGGCUGGUGCUUUUAUUCUAGGCUUUCCUUAUUGUCAACAAAUCUCAAAAGAUCAAAACUAACUAUUUGUUACCAUGGCCGGAUUAAGAGUGCAUCAGGAACCGGUGCAGUGCACACAACCGACUACACUAUGCUGCAACUAAAGAUUAUUCUUUAAUCGUCUAUAAAGUCUAUUUUUUGUAUAAGUCUGUUUGUUUUGUCUCGGAAAUGUCAGAAAACGCUGUUAUAAUUAUAUAACACUUAGCCAGAAUAGUGUUGAAAAAAAUACUGUAAAAAUAACUUAACAGAACAACCUGAACAUUUUACAGUUUAAAUUGUUGUAAUUUACAUUUAUAAUGUAUAAAUAAUAAACAACUUUUAGUAAAAUAUGCAGAAAUAUUUACUUUAAUGACAGUCUUAAAAUGAGGCUUUUACAGUUAAACAGUGUGGUUUGUUUGGUAGUUUUAGCUGCGUUGUCAUGCUAAUUCAGCAGAAACAGGCUGUUGGAUUUACUGGUUUAAAAUGUAAUUUUUUGGUCAAUUAUAGCAGUUCUCAACCGUAAAAUGUACAGGUUAUGCUGCAAAGUUGGGUUCACUUUACAUUUUUUUUACAAAUUAUUCUGAGAACCAGAGCUGCCAAAUUUUUUUAGUUAAAAUAAUGGGAUUUUUUUAACACUGUAUAUAUAACAAAUACAAGCAUAACAGGGUUUGCAACUAAAGAUUAUUUUCACUAAUUAUUUGAUUAUAUUGAAUUAUAUAUUUCUACUUAACAAAGACAAUUACUCUUAUUGUUAUCAAAAUAUUUGAUUCAUAUUUUGUUGAUUGACUUUACAGCUGUAGACUACACAUGCCAAAAUCAUUAGUCUUUUCCCAGAUACCAACCAGCACUGCUAUACUGGAACAUACCUGGAUCCAGUGUUGCAAUGUGCACAAUUAUUCUUUGGUAGUUUGAUUUAAAUUUACUUAGGAAUGCAUAAUAUUAUCUGAAAUAAUGAAUUAUAUUAUAACACAUGGCACCUCUUCAACUCUGUGCCUCAAAUGCUGAAAAAUGUCAAUCACCAAAGCCCAAAAUGCUACGUAAAAUGAUGUUUUAUCCUGACAAACAGUCCACGAACCAAAAUAUAUUUUGUUUUCUGUCACAGAAGAUUUAAAAAAACAGAAAAUGUUCACUGUUAAUCAGAAUCUGAAUCACAAACAGGUUUAUUUCCAAGUAGGUUUGCACAUACAGAGAAUUGGUCUUGGUUUUGUAUUGAAUUACAUUAAAAAAUAAAAGGUAAGAGAAAAUACAAGUUGUUACAAUAACAAUAUUAGGUGAGUAAACAAUAUAUUUUAGAGGGGUGAAAAGUGUUUUUUUUGAGUAUGCACUAGUAGUAUAUAGUAUAUAAUGUGUAAAUAUAGUAAUAUAAAGAAUUGACUAUAAGAAGCUGGAAUAAGAGUAUUUUGGCAGUUUUACCUAAAAAAAAUAUUCAAAAUGAUUAAUCAAUUAUAUAAAAUAGUUAACUUAUAUAUAAAUGAUUAAGUUGCAUCUCAGUUCAUUGUUACUUUUGGUGUUUUAAUUGGAUUUUUUUACAAUAAGAACAACUUAGAAUAUCACCAGUUAUCUUUCAACAAAUUGUUAAUUAAUUGUUACAGCAGGCAUUUAAUCGGCCAGAACAGGAUGUAACAAUUGAUAGAUAAUAUCCUUAUAUUCACAGUCUUCUCGACAUGUUCACUAGUCUUCAAAGCAGGACAGUAAGUCUUAAAUGUCCUGGCCGUUGUUCGGGCAUUAGAUUAUUUUACACCAAUUUUUGAUGAGUAUGGGAUGCAAGAGGUCAUUGAAGGUGGUUAUAAAAAAAGGUUGUCACUCAUCUUUGUAUGUAAGAAGAUGAAAAUGCACUGUAGCAGUAAUUAAUCAUGUUUUUUUUGUUGUUGUUUUUUCCCCCCGCAUGCUUUUUCAUUCCUUAAUGGAACAGUGCCUUUUUAUAUAACUGAUGUAUUUGAAUAAGAUAAUCUACAACCACGGGAUGAUUUCAGAAGCCUUUCAGGGACACGACGGACAGACAUGAUGAUUUCAUACAGUAUUCCAGCUCGUUGGUGGUUUUUAAAACAUUUCAUGAAGUUAAUAUUUCACAGGCACUGAGAAGUCAACAGCUCAUGUGUUCAAACUGAAAAGGUUUUAUUAUGCUGAGUUUACCUUCAGUUCCGAUGAGAGAUUUUGUGUGACUGCCUUAUCUGUUGAUGAAUUUAAGAUAUCCAAGCGAUGAUAUCGCAUUAGUACAGGUCUGAACAAAGCUCUUUUAUGACAGAUGUGACUUAAAAUGAAGUGAUAUGUUUCAGGUACAGUAUAAACUGUUUUGCAAGUGCAGCCAGAGGAUUCUCUGCAACAAGAGGCUUUAUUAGCAAUUUUUAGACGCUUGUUUCGCUUUGGGCCAAAUUACUAUUAUAAAUUCAUUAUUUAUACAUAUGUGAAGGGGGGGGGAAUA